CCAGUCAGCGAGCAUUCCCUUAUCUACCAAUGGAAUGCAACAGCUGCAGCAGCCUGUGAGCGUGUGUGCUUUUCAGUCAGUGUGUUUGUAAAAGGGGGAGGGGGGCACGGUCAUGGUGGGCCAGCAGGAACCCCCCUGAAAGACCCCCAACUCUCAACCCCCCACGUUCUCUCGCAGCCGGGCUCCUGAAAGGCAGCUCAACCAAAACGUAAGCGCGAGAGACACAGAGAGAGCGAGAGACUCGACAGGGCAGCACACUCCGAGACGGAGAGAGAGAGAGAAAGCAGAAAGUAAGGGAAGUGGAGCAGGGAGCCUCGGAGGGGGGUUGAGGAGGUGAGCGAAGGGUGAAAAGGAAGAGAGGCGAGGGAGAGGGAAAGACAAAAGAGAGGGAGAACCAGAGUGGAGGGAGACCAGAGGGAAAUGGCUUCGGAGGAGACCGCUGGAGGAGCUCGCAAAGCCACCAAGAGCAAACUAUUUGAGUUCCUCGUCCAUGGAGUGCGGCCCGGCAUGCCAUCAGGAGCACGGAUGCCUCAUCAGGGGGCCCCAAUGGGGCCUCCAGGACCACCAUAUGGAGGAAGCCCUGCUGUCCGGCCCGGACUUACCAAUCAGGCCAUGGAAGCCAGUCGCAAACGUCCCGCUUCUUCACAGCAGAUUCAACAGCAACAGCAGCAGGCCGUACAGAAUCGAAACAGGAAUGCCAAGAGGAGGAAGAUGGCUGAUAAGAUCCUUCCACAAAGGAUUCGUGAGCUUGUUCCGGAGUCACAGGCGUAUAUGGAUCUGUUGGCAUUCGAGCGCAAAUUAGACCAGACCAUAAUGCGCAAACGGGUGGACAUCCAAGAGGCACUUAAGAGACCCAUGAAGCAAAAACGAAAGCUGCGUCUCUACAUCUCCAACACGUUUAACCCUGCCAAGCCUGAUGCAGAGGACUCUGAAGGAAGCAUUGCAUCCUGGGAGCUACGUGUGGAGGGCAAACUGCUGGACGAUCCGGGAAAGAUGAAGAGGAAGUUCUCCUCAUUCUUCAAGAGUCUGGUGAUCGAGCUUGACAAAGACCUUUACGGCCCUGAUAACCAUUUGGUUGAGUGGCAUCGUACCCCAACCACUCAGGAGACAGAUGGUUUCCAGGUGAAGAGGCCUGGAGAUGUGAACGUGCGCUGCACCCUGCUGUUAAUGCUGGAUUACCAGCCGCCUCAGUUUAAACUGGAUCCGCGUCUGGCUCGUCUGCUGGGAAUACACACGCAGACUCGCUCCAGUAUCAUACAGGCCCUCUGGCAGUAUGUCAAAACCAACAAACUGCAGGACUCGCAUGACAAGGAGUACAUCAACUGUGACAAGUACUUCCAACAGAUCUUUGACUGUCCACGUCUGAAGUUCUCUGAAAUUCCACAGCGCCUCACCAACCUUUUACUUCCCCCCGAUCCUAUUGUCAUCAAUCACAUCAUUAGCGUCGACCCUAAUGAUCAGAAAAAGACAGCGUGCUAUGACAUUGAUGUAGAGGUGGAAGAUCCCCUUAAAGCACAAAUGAGCAGCUUCUUGCUUUCCACAGCCAAUCAGCAAGAGAUUGCCUCUCUGGACAACAAGAUCCAUGAGACUAUUGAGUCCAUCAAUCAGCUGAAGAUCCAGAGAGAUUUCAUGCUCAGCUUCUCCAGAGAUCCCAAAGGCUACAUCCAGGACUGGCUCAAAUCGCAGAGCAGAGAUCUGAAGCUGAUGACAGAUGUUGUUGGGAACCCAGAGGAAGAGAGGAGAGCAGAGUUUUAUCAUCAGCCUUGGUCUCAGGAGGCUGUUAGCCGUUAUUUCUACUGCAAGAUUCAGCAGAGGAGGCAGGAGCUGGAGCAGGCCUUGGCCAUGAGGAACACCUAGAACUCCGACACCGACCCCACUCAGAAAACACGGCUCAUUUGUGACGCGUGGAGUUCCCUGCAUUAUUUUCCGCAGCGUAUGGGGGUUUGCGUGCGUGUCCAGUCAUUGUUGUCACUGUGACCUACGAUCCACCAUACUGGACCAAUCACACCUUGUAGCCCCAUUGUAUAGUAUGUGCAUUUCAGCCAAUCACGGUGCUGUGUCUUCCAUUCCUGGAUGAAAUCAUCUCACAAUGCACUAUUUGGAUUCCUGGUUUUUAAUACCAAUCACUUACACCAGCAUUUUGAACUCGAUGACUUCAGAGCCGGCUCUAGUCCCCUAGACUGUGGAUCCAAUGUUGAUUCAGUUGUGAUUCAGCCUUCCUUUCCAUCAGUCAUCAAUUCCUGAUAUUCACACACAUUUUCCCUGUGAUUAACGUGUGUUUUGACUCAGGUAUUGAUGAUGUCUCUAAUUUAGUCCACACUUGUACCAAUUUUUUUCAAAAAGGUCAUUUUGUAUGUCUGUCAGUGUUGGGAAUCAGUGGAGCUACAAUAAUUGUCUCCAUUAUUCACACUUUUAUUCAGAAGUGUGUUUAUGAGGCAGGCAGCUUAAAAAGGAGAAUCAUUCAGUAUUAACUGAACUGGUGGCUUACAGGGUAUGUCACUCUCUGGUGUCUCUCCCUGCCACAAUAAUGACAUUUAGCUGCAUUUUUAAGUAAAUAGUGUACAUACACAUUGAAAGAUUGAAGGAGGUUGUUUUAAUCAAGUAUUUAACAGCUAUUCUGCCAUAUAAAGACAAAAUAGUAACUACACUCACACUUUUUUUAAAGUUUUGAUCAAUUUUACACUUUUUUUGAUUGAAUUGUGUAGUUGCUGUGUUUUGCCUUUGUAGGACAGUACUGACACAGUCAUUAGUUCACUUUGAAGGAAUUUGAUAGGUCACGGUUUUUGUGAAGCUUUCACUUGAAGAAAAUGGGCCAUACCAGCAUGGUGACACAAGUUACUCAGAAAUAUAAUUCGUUUGUUAAGUCUUGACGUGUCGAAUACUGUUUCUGGGUUCAAGCCUUUACUACAUUUCAAGUGAGAAUACAAUCUCAGCUGCCGUUUAUGAGCACUGUACAGUAAUGCUCCAACUUUAAGUUAAGCUUACAGUGCACACUACAGCGUCCCAAUAUUUGAAGAGUUUAUUUGCAAAAACAUAACAUUUUUUAUUUAUUUUCAGAAAUCAUAUUUUUUAUUGUGCAUUACAAGUAAUAUCAUUCAAACUGCAGUUGGGUUGUUUUGAUUAAGUAAUAAUAACUUUAAACAAAUACAGAUAGCUUACAAAAUUAAAGUUCAUUGAAAGUAUGUUUUUGUAUAUAUUAAACGUUUGUUUUAUAGCAAAAGCAGAUAACUCCCAACAUUUGAUUUUUGGCAAAAGCAGAUAACUCCAUAUUUCAUGAUUUUAAAAAACACUACUUUAAUCUUGGUAAUCUCAUUAGCUGACAAUGUAGAUGCCUGACAAACCUUGUUGUUGUGAUCAUAGACUGUAUGGUUGUGAUUACACGCUGUUUUCUCUCACCAUUUUAACGUGCUGCUUUUGCAAGUUUCCGUGAAAAAGUUUCAGCUUUUAUUUUCCUUUUACGCCUUGAAGAAGUUCGUCGAAAUUACUCCUGCUCGAUCACUUUUGCCAGGGUUGCCAGGUUUUCAAAAUUAAAUCUGUGCAGUGGCUACUCAAAACUAGCCCAAUCAUGUUUCGAGGGCGGUCCCCCUGUAAAAAAUCACGUUCCAGGUAGUUAAAUAUAUGUUUUUUUGUUGGGGUUCCACAGGUACAGUUUGCAUUCCAGGGGCUAAAUAUAAUAUUGUUUGAUCAGUUCAACCUGCGGACAUAAAAAACAACCCAUGGCAACAAUGUAAUGUAAUUCCGUGGGAAUCGCGGGAAUCAGCUUUGACGAAAGUCCUCUCAUCUCCAAGUAUGUGUAACUGCAGACCGGAGAUUUCCAAAAUGGGGCGGGAACUCCAUAUAUGGGCAGAACCUUCAAAAUGGGGCGGGGUCUCGUCACACAAAGACUUUCCCCAUUGGCACUGGCUUCAGCUAUUGUUAUUGACUUAAAUUUCAAAACUAAACUUUAUUAAACAUUGUUUGUAAUUGAUCUCAAAUUUAAAAAAAAACUAUGCAAUAUAAAUAAAUACGCUCAGUGAGAGCAGAGCCCCAAAGCUCGUGGCCAGUGGUUAAUGAUAUAAACGGAAGUCACCCACGAGCUCUCCCGCUAGCCAUCCCAGUGAAGCGCAGGGGAAAGGGGAAACUCUAUCGCUUUGUUUAAAGAACGGGGGCGUCUCAGGGCUUGAAAUUCGCAGGGUAGGAGGGGGUAAUAACGCUGGAUGUAACUAAAAAGGUCCAAUUUCCCGGUGAGGUCCAGUUGGGGAGUUACAGAACGGCCUGACAAUCUCAUAUUGCAUAAUCGUAUUAACAGUCUAUCUGCCUCGCUAUUCAGCGCCAAUCCUGCUGUGCAGUCACUUUCACUGGUUAAGGUUAGGAUAAGGUGUGGGGUAGGUUUAUGGGUUAGCAUUUACGAAAUCAACACUGUGAUUGACACAUCCAAUUAAAUCUUUAAAAUCAGCUGUAGGGCAGAGUUUGUACUGAAGUGGAUUGGGGGAGGAAUUUGCACAUGCUUAGCAUGUGCCUGUCUGUCAAACGGAAUAAGCCACGCCCUAUUUGGAGUGCCCACCCCGUUUUGGAGUUCCUGCCCCCAUUUGGAGAUCUCCAGGCUGCAGUUAUACCCCUCUCCUCUUCUAGUGCGUCUUUUCAAAGUGACUGUCAGCCUUGUCACCUGACCUGAAUACAGCGUGCUGAUUCACUAAAAUGGACUUUUCGGCUUCUGUUCACAAACAACAAGGGCACUUGUCAGCUUCUGCAGUAAAAGUAAAAUCGUGAUGCAUUGAUAGUGGACAAUACUGGCUUUUUUGACAAAAUGUGUUUAGGGUUCAGAUCGUGCUAUAUGUGGAGAAUAAUGCACGGCGCUCAGUUCAUUUUUAUUAUAAUUAUUUUUGGUGUUCAUCGUUUUUUUUUUCCAAAUAAACUCUUCAUUUUAACAGGUCAGAAAAGAUGAAUCACUGUCUAGCCAACUGAGAUUUCAGUAUGAAGUUAACGGUUAGGAUUACAAUUUUCAGUAGUACUAGCACACCGUACACUCUUAAAAAAUAAAGGUUCCAAAAGGGUGUCUUUGCAGUGAUGCCAUAGAAGAACUAUUUUUGGUUCCCCAAAGAACCUUUAUUUUUAAGAACGUAAGUGUAUAAAUGCAUCGUGUGUUGUUUUUGGGAUCUGAAGGAGCGUUUGGACCCGGAUGUGGUGAUGUGUAAUGUCAGACAAGAGCAGAUUAGACAGUCAGCGGUCAACUAGAUAAAAGUGAAUAUUCUGUAAAAUCUUGUCUUUUCACAUGCUUCACCAAAAGCUUUUUUGUGCACAUUACCAUUUUCUUGGAGAAGUUCCUUUAAAACCUGCAUUAUUUUAUGUCCAUUUCAAUAGUGUUGUUUAAAAUAACAUACUGUGGGCAUUUGUGUUUCUCACUAAUGUCACUGUUUCGAAGGAUUUUAAAGCAUUAGUGUUGUUUGAUGUUUUACCAAAGGUCUAAUUUACUUUUAAAAAGACAAUGUACAUUCUUUGACUAGAUGAAGGACUUUUUAGAAAAUGAAGGAUGCAUUUUUAAAGAAAUUCCCAUUUCUCCAUGGCUGUGAAAACAGUGCUUUUUAAAAUUGCUUUAUGACUCAGAGUCUUUGCACUAAAUCAUGGAUCAUAACGGAGCGCGCUGAAUGCUUUCCAUGCUAAUUAUAUGUCACCUAAACAAAAAUAAAGUAGAGAAAUGAAGGAAUAAAUGUUAUGGAAUGUGGAUGCUGCCAUCUGGUAUUACAGACCGGUUUCAUCAUUGCAGCACAGUCCUGUCUUCUCAUUAGCUCUGGGUUUUGAUCGUGAACCCUUUGCUGCUUUUUUUCUCCUGUCAACCAAGGAUGGUUUGUCCAGGUCAAUUAUUGUGUGUUCUUGCAGUUUGCCUGUGAUCCUCACAUCUUGUCGUGAGAAACGAGGAGUUCUGGUGACCUGUGUGUUGUCACUCAGAAUAUUUUUUCAGACCUAUGCAUGCUGCAUGGACACAUUUUUCUACUUUCAUACAAGGAUGUGAGAAACCUUCUGACUGCUUGGGACUUGAUCAGAAGAGCACUGAGUUUCUUUAGUGACCCUGACCUUUUGUGUCCAGGUCACAGCCUCUACUUACAGUACCAACAUGUACAGCAGAGGCCAUUUUAGGUUAUCUAUUAUUUUUUUUGUUUUGUCUUUUAAAAAGACUUUGCAAUUUAAUAUGUGGAUAAGAGAAGCACACCAAUGAUUUUUAAAGAGCCUGUUGGGCAACAACAGCACCUCCCAUUGACUUUUGUGGGUACUACAUGUAUAGUCAGCCAUUUUGAACAUUAUAAACUUGAAGUAUAACAUCUACCUGUGUUAGUGACUGAACAAGGUUUUCUGUUCUCAUGUGUAAAAUAACCUUUUCUCUAACUCUCUAAGCCACCAACUGUGCUUUACCAGACCAUCAUGCGGUCAAGUGUUCAAUGUUACCAUCUCUCUUGCUUGUAGUCAUAGUGUGGAUCACGCUGCCCUCCAGUGCUUCUGUAAGGGAAAAUAUCACAGUUUGGGUGCUAAAAAUCAAUGCUUAUUGGUAUCACAUGAUGAUUAAACACAAGUAAUUCAGUAUUCAGUACUAGAGUUCUUCUGGGCUUUGAAAUCUUCAUUAUGACCAGGUUUUGGUUAUGGUGUCUACGUUAUUCCUUGGUUUGUUCAUAGAAGUACUGCCAGCAGACAUCUGAACAAGUAGGUUUUAAUGAUCCACUAUGUAUUUUUGUUUUUCUCUCACGGUCUGUAUAUGUUUGCUUUCUCAUUUUGUGUCACUGUUCAGCUAGAGAGAUCAAAACUACAGACGUACAUGUGUAGCAUAGUGAGGAUGUAAAUAAACAAGCGCUUGCCAAAGUUUGUGAAUGGAACACCAUA